AUGACAAUCAACAAGCCUACCCAACUUCUUGAUUUGCUGCUGAAGGACUGGAAGUACACCCGCCCAGAGAUAUUUCGCAGUUAUCUCCGUGUCACACCAGCAUGCUUCGACGACCUAGUCAAGGCUAUCAAGGGCCACGCAGUCUUCCACAACAACUCGAACAACAAGCAGGCCGACGUCGACAUACAACUGGCAGUUGCACUAUACCGCCUCGGGCACUACGGCAAUGCUACGAGUACUAUGAAGGUCGCUCUGCAGUUCGGCAUCGGUUACGGUUCAGUCCAGAAUUACACCGACCGUGUUCUGGCUGCUAUCAACGACAAAGCUUUCAAGUCUUCGGCGUUGCAAUGGGCAAGGAAAGUGGUCCCACGUCACCGCGCGGUUGACCGCGAACGUUCUCUGCUCUUGCCAUCACCACGAAGCUGA